GUGAAACGGAUGCAAAUUCAAGGAAGCGGCGGCGAUGCUGCGCCACUUGGAUCGAGUCGCGCAGAGAUGCGGGCGAGACCUUGCUUCCUCCGUCAACAUCGCACGUCAUGCAUCGACGUUGCAGGUGUGCGACAGCAUCGAAUCGUACAGACUAGUCCGCAACAGUAUCCCGCAAGGGACGACAGUUGGGUUUGUGCCAACGAUGGGGGGGCUGCAUGCAGGCCACUUGUCGCUGAUUCAAGCAGCUAGAGCACGUUGCGACGUCGUCGUGGCCAGUGUGUUUGUCAACCCGACGCAGUUCGGCCCGAACGAGGACUUCGACAAGUACCCUCGAACGCUCGAAGCCGACUUGGCGCUGCUGAAGCAGGAACAUGUCGACAUUGUGUUUACUCCCGUGCGCGACAACAUGUACACGCCUACGUUUCGCACAUACGUCGAUCCAGAAGGCUUCAACGAUGUUCCGGAAGGCCAGUGUCGCCCAGGCUUCUUCCGCGGCGUCGCGACGGUUGUGGCCAAGCUCUUCAACAUCGUAGCUCCGACCCAUGCAUUCUUCGGCCAGAAAGAUGCCGUCCAAUGCGUCGUGAUCAAGCGACUCAUCGAAGAUCUCAACUUCCCUAUCGAGCUGCAUGUUCUCGACACCUGUCGCGAGCCCAAUGGCCUGGCAAUGUCCACACGCAACCAAUACUUGUCGCCAGAAGAGCGCGACGCGUCUGCCGUGGUUUUUGCUGGCCUCCAGCACGCCGCCAACUUAUUCGACACGAUGAAGGAACGCACAGUCCCUGCCCAUGUCCUUCGAGCCGCGAUUGAGCAAGUGUACAAGCAAAAUCCGCAUGUCAAGAGCAUCCAGUACAUUUCUAUUGCAUCGAAAGAUACGAUGGACGAACUGGACCAAGUCGUGGUCGGUGAAGGCGGCGUCAUCUCGGUGGCGGUAAAAGUCGGCAACUGCCGCCUUAUCGACAACAUUGUGCUGUAGCCGAAGAAGUAUACUCGACUGGGAAAGCACAAUGCAACCAUUCAACAGGAAGAGUGAACUCAUGCAAGUCGUGCGCGGCACGGUGGCGUCGGUUGUCACGGGCUCUGCGACGCAAUCGCGUUAAUAACCUCCACACACCUGACACAGCACACUCCUUCAUCCAUGGAAUGACCAUCUAAAGCGCUUCUGUCGUGGCGCGGCCGUCGCUUUGGC